AUGCCUCCUCAAGCAUCUGGGAAAGCUGUAAAGAAGGCCGGAAAGGCACAGAAAGCUGUCCGAGCUGGUGACAAGAAAAAGAGGAAGAAGCGCAGGAAGGAAUCUUUCGCUAUUUACAUCUACAAAGUUUUGAAACAAGUUCACCCUGACACUGGCAUCUCGAGUAAGGCUAUGUCUAUCAUGAAUUCAUUCGUUAAUGACAUCUUCGAAAGAAUUGCAGCUGAAUCUUCUCGCUUAGCUCAUUACAACAAGAGGAGUACUAUCACUAGCCGAGAAAUACAAACUGCAGUACGUCUAUUGUUGCCUGGUGAACUGGCAAAACAUGCUGUUUCGGAAGGAACCAAAGCUGUCACCAAGUACACCAGCUCUAAGUAAAUUUUCAAAGCUUUCCCCAUCAAAAAAGGCCCUUUUCAGGGCCAGAAUAUGAUAAAGGUUAGCUGUUACCUGCUUAUCCUUAAAUCACUCAUUGUUCAAUUUAUAAUUUCAUAUUGGCAUUUUUAAAAUUAAUUCACACUCUUUGCAAAAGAAAUUGAUCAUAUAUAUUUCAGCUCUACAAGUCAUCAUCUUUAUCCUCAUUGCUCUGCAUCCAAUUUCUUAUCUUCAAAAUGAGGAUCUAAUACACACACAAUAACCGAAUAAGGAAAAAUUGUACUUUAGCAGUUAGUCCCAGCUCACUUAUAUACACACUGCUUUCCGGAAAUCAGCCUUAAUACAUUUCAAUGCAGGUGGUUUUUCAUAAGUUUGCUAUUUAUCAAAAUGUAUGCAUAUCAGUGUCAUAGUUUUCAGGUGUACGUAUCACGAAUCGUUUCACUAGCUCAGUCACAGCCUUUCUCCGAGUAACUGGAACGAAAACAUUCAAUGGUAUGCAAAGCAUAGCAAGUGCUGGCGGGACAGGAAACUGGCUAGCCUGCCCAGACGGGACAGUGGUUAGCGAAGCUAACUGCCGGGCCGGAAGGCCCGGGUUCGAAUCCCAAAGGGGGGCAGGAAGGA